GCAUAAUUACCAUUACAACCCUAAUUUUUUCCUUUCUUUCUCUUCUCCGUUCGUUUUGUAUCAGAUUCACUGCUUUCUUACCUUACCUGCCAUUUUUAAUUCCUUCAAUUUUCUCACUCUAUCAUCUUUUUCUUCUUACUUUUUCCCCUUUUCUCUUCAAUUUCACCUAAAUCAAUUCCAUUUUUUCCGUGAUCGAUUCCACCCUAAUUCACCGUACUCUUAUUUUAUUUAUUUUUUGCUUCAGUUACUCCGAUUCGUUCAUUUUACGUGCUGAAUUACCGAUCAGAGUGUGGUCCACUGUAUGUUUCAGCAUUGAGGAGGAGGGGAUUGCGUUCUCUCCUCUGUUCCGCCGUUGAACAUUCCGGUGGCAGAGGCUUUGUGGUUGAAAUUUGUGGUUGUUGAAUUUAUUGUGUGUGAGGGGAAAAUGUAUGCUUCGGUAACAGAUAGCGGGUAUGAAGGGAGUGGUGUUGCUUUAGGACCUAUUUUGAUUCCGAAGCGGUUUGUGUGGCCUUAUGGAGGAAGAAGAGUGUUCCUAAGUGGUUCUUUCACCAGAUGGGCAGAACAUAUACCGAUGUCUCCGAUGGAAGGGUGCCCUUCUGUGUUUCAGGUUGUUUGCAGCUUGAUGCCGGGAUAUCAUCAGUACAAAUUUAAUGUGGAUGGUGAAUGGCGGCAUGAUGAGCAGCAGCCAUUUGCAAGUGGGAACUAUGGAGUAGUAAAUACUAUUUACUUAGUGAGAGAACCUGAUGUCUUACCUGCCAUGUUAAGUGCUGAAACACCCAGUAGGUCCCACAUGGAGGUUGAUAAUGAUGUCUUUGGGCAUGCAGAAGCUAAUCCAAGGAUGUCAGAGUCUGAUCUGGAGGUCUCUCGCCACCGUAUAUCUGUAUUCUUGUCUACUCAUACUGCAUAUGAACUGCUUCCUGAAUCUGGGAAGGUCAUUGCCUUGGAUAUAAAUUUACCAGUUAAGCAAGCAUUCCAUGUUCUGUAUGAGCAGGAUGUACCUAUGGCCCCUCUAUGGGAUUAUUGCAAGAGUCAGUUUGUUGGGGUGCUUAGUGCAAUGGACUUCAUUCUCAUAUUGAAAGAGUUGGGGAAUCAUGGGUCAAAUUUGACUGAAGAACAACUUGAGACUCAUACUAUAGCAGCCUGGAAAGAGGGAAAAUUAAAGCAACGCAGGGCACUUGAUAAUAACGAGGGAUCAAAUCCUCAUUGUUUUGUUCAUGCUGGGCCCCAUGAAUGCCUAAAAGACGUGGCUUUGAAGGUUUUGCAAAACAAUGUGUCAACGGUUCCUAUCAUUCAUUCUUCUUCAGAGGAUGGUUCAUUUCCCCAACUGCUGCAUCUUGCUUCCCUAUCAGGAAUUCUAAAAUGUAUAUGCAGGUAUUUUAAGCACUCUGCUGGUUCUUUGCCCAUUCUCCAACUUCCUAUUGGUUCAAUACCUUUGGGUACAUGGGUGCCUAAAGUUGGGGAUUCAAAUGGACAGCCACUCGCAAUGCUAAGGCCAAAUGCUUCUCUUGGUGCUGCUCUAACCAUGUUUGUUCAAGCUAACGUUAGCACAAUACCGAUAGUGGAUGAGAAUGACUCAUUGCUUGACAUAUACUCAAGAAGUGAUAUUACUGCAUUGGCUAAAGAUAAAGCAUAUGCUCGAAUAUCUCUAGAUGAAAUUAGUAUUCAUCAGGCAUUACUCUUGGGUCAAGAUGCAAAUUCUUCUCACGGGCCUAACAAUGGACACAGAUGUCAUAUGUGUUUGAGGUCUGAUUCGUUGCACAAAGUGAUGGAGCGUUUGUCUGAUCCCGGGGUUAGGAGACUUGUGAUCGUGGAGGCUGGUAGCAAGCGCGUGGAAGGGAUUAUUUCAUUACGUGACGUUUUCAGAUUCUUAUUGGGCUAGUUGGGAUAUAUUGGCAGUGUUAGUAGGGGCAUUGGAAGGGAACUUUUCUGUUGGCAUUUGUUUUCUAUUUAUCAUAGUCUUUGGUUGGGCGAACAUCUUUUGCUGUUUGCCCACAUCCUUAGGAUAGAAAUUGGAGAGAAAAUUCUGUAAAUUGAGGAUCAGUUUUCUCCUUUGUGCCGGCACAUCUGCAAUGUCUGUGUCCAGUGCUAACAGAAUUCAAGGAGAAACUUCAACAACAAAAAAAAUAAAAAUAAAAAUAAGGACUAGGAAAAGAUGAAAUAUUUAGCCAUAUGCAGGCAUGCAGCAUGCAUGCCGGUGGCUGAUUGUAUCGUUGUAAUUUAAGGUGUAUUUUUUCAGAUAAUUAUGACCUUAUUUUUCUCUUUGCAGCUAAAA